GCCACAGUUUAGGUUACGGCUUUGUUAACUUUGUUAACCCUAGUGAUGCAGAGAGGGCUAUCAGUACCCUCAAUGGCCUGAGGCUACAGUCUAAAACUAUCAAGGUUUCCUUCGCGCGGCCGAGUUCCGACAUGAUCAAAGACGCAAAUCUGUACAUAAGUGGGCUACCACGGACGCUGAGUCAGCAGGACCUGGAGGACAUGUUCACUCGCUUCGGACACAUCAUCAACUCCAGAGUGCUGGUGGACCAGGCCUCCGGUCUCUCACGGGGCGUGGCCUUCAUCCGGUUUGAUAAGAGGUCUGAGGCAGAGGACGCCGUCAAACACCUGAACGGGCACACGCCCCCCGGCAGCUCUGAGCCAAUCACAGUUAAGUUUGCUGCCAACCCAAAUCAAGCCAGGAACUCCCAGAUGAUGUCACAGAUGUACCACGGCCAAUCACGGCGCUUUGGAGGACCCGUCCAUCACCAGGCCCAGAGGUUCAGGUUUUCUCCAAUGAGCGUGGACCACAUGGGCAGCGGGGGUGGAGUCUCCGGGAACUCGUCCAGCGGUUGGUGCAUCUUUAUCUACAACCUGGGUCAGGACGCAGACGAGGCCAUCCUGUGGCAGAUGUUCGGGCCAUUCGGCGCCGUAGUCAAUGUGAAAGUCAUCCGAGACUUCAACACCAACAAGUGCAAAGGCUUCGGCUUUGUUACCAUGACGAAUUACGAGGAGGCUGCCAUGGCGAUCCACAGCCUGAACGGGUACCGACUGGGAGACAAGGUCCUGCAGGUGUCCUUCAAGACCAGCAAGGGACACAAGUAGAGCGAGGAGGAGAAGUGAGAGAGGAGGAGGAGAGUGAGAGGAGGAGGAGAAGAAUAAGAGGACGACAAGUCAAAAAUAUUUUCAGUUUCCAGGAAGUUGCAUUUGUGUCAGUGUUUUUUUCUUUUUUUUCCCAGCAUGCCCGGUUUCUUUCAAGCUGUGUGACGUCACUUGUUGCCGUGAGUGUUGAAAUUAUCAGAGGUUUUAACGUCUGUACCAGAAGUCAGAAUUUAAGUUCUUCACUCAGCUUUGUAUUUUUCAGUUUUCAUUAAUUAAUAUAAAUAAAAUUUGAUUAUUGGAUAAAAACAAAGUUUGUUCAUGUCAAAGAAUCUCUGUCAUCAGUGUUAGGUGAUUGAAAGCUCUCUGGCCCAAUAAGCACACAGGAGGCGGGGCUUAAACCGAACAGGAAGUGAAACUGAUCUUUUUUUUCAUUUGUAUUUUUUAUUGCAGCUUCAUUGUGAUGUUGGAUUGUUUAUUCAAUAAUAAAUCUGUUUAUGGAAAACUU